AGCACGCACGUGCGCGCAACUGAGCAUGCGCCGUGGGCCGCCUGCUGGGCGUCGGCAGUAGGAGCGGCGUCGCAAUAUCAACCGCUCUCUCUCCCCGCCCCCAGGCCGCCGGGACCUGGAGCGUCCGGGAUCCGGCGCUCGUGCGUGAUGACGUACUUGCUCGCGAAGACGUGGGGACGCAGGCGGGCCGUAAGAGAGCAUUCAGCUGCCUGUGUAUUCCCCAAACCUGACCACAUCUUCCCAUCUCCGACUUGAUAUCUCACCAUGCAUCGGAGAUCAAGAGGAGUUAACAUCGGGCUGCUUCUGCUCCUUUCUCAAAUCUUCCAGGUCGGGAUCAACAAUGUUCCACCUGUCACCCUGGCAACGUUGGCUCUCAACAUCUGGUUGUUCUUGAAUCCCCUGAAGCCGCUGCUUAGCUCCUGCCUCAGCGUGGAGAAGUGUUACCAUCAGAAGGACUGGCAGCGCCUGCUGCUUUCCCCUCUUCACCACGCGGAUGACUGGCACUUGUAUUUCAAUAUGGCAUCCAUGCUGUGGAAAGGAAUUCAUCUGGAGAGAAGACUGGGGAGUAGAUGGUUUGCCUACGUCAUCGUCACAUUCUCCCUCCUCACUGGGGUGGUGUACCUGUUCUUGGAAUUUGCUCUGGCAGAAUUUCUAAAUGAGCCUGACUUCAAAAGGAACUGUGCUGUGGGUUUCUCAGGAGUUUUGUUUGCUUUGAAAGUUCUGAACAACCACUGUUGCCCUGGAGGCUUUGUCAAUGUUUUGGGCUUUCCUGUAUCCAACAGAUUUGCUUGUUGGGUGGAACUCUUGGCUAUUCAUUUCAUCUCGCCAGGGACUUCCUUUGCCGGGCAUCUGGCUGGAAUUCUUGUUGGACUGAUGUACACUCACGGGCCUCUGAAGAAGAUCAUGGAAUCGUGCACAGGCAUUUUCCCCUCCAAUAUUGAUUACCCAGGACAGCAGUACUACUUUAAUAGUUCAGGCUACUCUGGAUAUCAGGAUUAUUACCCAUAUGGCGGGCGAGGUGCUUAUGAAGAUGUCCCCAGGAACUAUGACACGUACACCGCGGGACUGAGUGAAGAGGAGCAGCUGGAGAGAGCAUUGAGAGCCAGCCUCUUGGACCAAGGAAAUCGCAGAAGCAGCCCCCCGGCCUAUGGGUUCCGUCUCUCACCAGAAGAAGAAAUGAGGAGACAGCGGCUGCACAGAUUUGACAGCCAGCGAGGCAGCCCAGCCUUGUGAACAAACACGGUCCGGUUGUGCAAUAAUUACCCCCAGACCCCCAGCUUUGUACAAAAGCAGAGAGGGCGCCUGACCAUCCCAGUUGCUCACCUCUGCAGUGGCCUGUCAUCCUGCAGCCACCAUGAGUCCAACUGAUGUUUUGAGCUAGUUGACAUCUUGAGACCAGACUUGUUUUGACAGCCCCCAGCUCUCUGGGAAUGGCACUCUCGACCUUGUUCCCUUGCAGACAGAAGCUCGGGCGUCUCCACGUGGGGACCAGUUUCCACGCUCCUGUCUCUCACUGCUGACUCAGCGGAGCUUCUGCCUUGUUAUGUCUUUGAGGACCGUGACCUUUGCCAGGAGGUUUGUGUUCACCAGCCCAGAAGAUCAGGUCCUCCUCCUGCUCCGUGCCCGACUUGGCAGGAAGUGGGGAGCCAUCCCUCGUCCUCCUGGCACGUUGCCAUGGUGACUUUCCAGGCACCGGAUGUAGCCGUCAUUGCAGGGUGUCGUCCCGGCCUCCCUUGCCCAGACGCCUCGGUUCCUGGGGCCCCCAUGUCUGAGCGGUGUCUGCAGUGAACCUGCUUUUCUCUGAUGCCCCUCUGCCUUCCCAGGAUGUGUCAGUGGGAAAGCUUAAGUGAGACCUUAGACGGGAAAUCAGUUCCACACUCCACGACCCGGCAGGUGGCACGGACAACCCAGCUCCUCUCCAUCCCAGAGCCUCUCCAGGAACGAUGUCACAUCCCGGAGCUGCGACUUGUAUUUAACUAACCAGCAAAGCAGCAGCAGGUGCCACAUGCAGAGGAGUGACCAGCAGCUUGGUCACAGAGAAAUCCUUCCUGAGGAAGUAUUUUUUUUUUUCUCAUAAAAGUGCCUUUUAAUUGACCACUGUAACAGCCACCCUCCAAGACACUGCCCUAACACACAGACCCCAAGUCACUUAAGACGUGUUUCCUGGUGCUCGUGUUUCAGGAAUAAAACGAAAAGGUC